AGCAGUGGAGUCAAAGUCUGCGGAGGCUGAGCCUGUUGUUGCUGUGGUAGAGAAGGAUGCAAUGAUCGAUACUGCUGGUGCGAAAGAAAACCUUGAAACGGCAGAAGAAUUGAAGCCUGAAGCAGCCGAACCUGAUGCUGAGGAGGUGAAAAUCGGCACUGCUGAUGGUGCCGGUUCCGAGCAAAAUCCAGAAUGGGUAAGUGUUCCUCCUGCCAAACCCCUUGAGCAUGGGUUAUCUGAGUCCAGUGUUGGUGUCGGUGGUGAAGAGAAGAGGGAGGAUUUGAAUGGGGGCUCUGUUGAUGUGAAUUCUGAGUUAGCUCAGGCUUCUGCAGAGAAGCUUGAUGGGGGGAAUGUUAGCGAUGCUACCGCUGCUGUUGGUGAGGUUAAGAAAGAUGAUGUUUUGGAUAAAAGCUCCGAACUUGUGGAUCCUAAGGUGGCUGAGGACUCUGAUGCUAAGCUUAAUACUGAGAAUGAUGGUGGGGUUGUCAAUAGAAGUGCUUAUCUGAAUGAGGGAACUGGGGACGGGAAGGUGGUGGCAGAAUCAAAACAAGCAUCUAAUGAUUCUGAGUCAGAACCCAAUGAGCCUGGGCCAGAAUUUGUUGCACAUGCUGGUGAUUUGAUAGCAGCAGACGAGUUGAAUACAUUGCCUAUCCUUGCUGAGGAUUCUAUCAGCAGAGAAAAAACUGGUGAAAGCCUCUUGUCAAGUUUAGUUUCGGACCAAGAAGUGAAACCUAGUGCUGAUGACUCUCAAGUGGCAGAUGACAAUGAAUACAUGGAACAGAAUGAAGAGGAGGAAGAAGAGGAAAGCAUGGUUUCUGAUGGACCUGCAAGGGUUGCAAUCCUGGAAAGCUCUGAAACUGCGAAACAGAUCAUAAGAGAAUUGGAGGAAGGUUCUUCAAGCAGCAGUACCCAAUCUGCUUUUGACAGUUCAAGGGAUUACUCACGUAACUUAGAUGGACAGGUUGCCUCAAAUUCUGAUGAGGAAGUGGACACUGAUGAGGAGGGUGAUGGGAAGGAAAUUUUUGAUUCUGCUGCCUUAGCUGCACUUCUCAAAGCAGCUACUGGUUCUUCAACAGAUGGAAGCACCAUUACUUCUCAAGAUGCAGGUAGGAUCUUCUCUGUUGACAGACCAGCAGGUUUGGGGUCCUCAGUCUCUUCUCUCAGACCUGCUCUUCCCCGUUCUUCCCGAACAAAUAUAUUCAGUCCUUCGGAACUGGCAGUAGCAGCUGAACCUGAGAAUGACAUGACUGAAGAAGAGAAGAAGUUGCAUGAGAAGGUCGAGCUGAUAAGGGUGAAGUUCCUCCGCCUUGUUCAAAGAUUGGGGCAUUCUCCUGAUGAAACCGUGGCUGCACAAGUGCUUUACCGUCUAACCCUUGCAGAGGGAAUUAGACGUGGAAGGCAAACAAGCCGAGCCUUUAGCCUUGAGAAUGCAAGAAAGAAGGCUACACAGCUUGAAGCUGAGGGGAAAGAGGAUCUGGACUUCUCUUGUAACAUUCUAGUAAUUGGGAAGACUGGAGUGGGCAAGAGUGCAACCAUAAAUUCUAUUUUUGGUGAAGAGAAGUCACAAACCAAUGCAUUUGAACCUGCAACAGCUUUUGUAAAUGAGAUUGUUGGAACUGUGGAUGGGGUUAAAAUUCGUGUUAUAGACACUCCAGGGCUCAGAGCUUCUGUCAUGGACCAAUCAUCAAAUAGGAGGAUCCUUUCAUCCAUAAAGAAGUAUACAAAGAAAUGCCCACCUGAUAUUGUUUUAUAUGUAGACCGCAUGGAUACCCAAACACGGGAUCUUAAUGAUUUGCCUCUGUUGAGAACCAUUACUAGCAUUUUCGGUUCAUCCAUAUGGUUUAAUGCCAUUGUUGCUCUCACACAUGCAGCUUCUGCUCCUCCAGAUGGGCCUAAUGGCUCUCCCUUGACCUACGAGGUGUUCAUAGCUCAGAGAUCACAUGUUGUUCAACAAUCCAUCCGGCAAGCAGCAGGGGAUAUGCGCCUGAUGAAUCCAGUGGCUCUUGUUGAGAACCACCCCUCUUGCAGAAGGAACAGGGAGGGGCAAAGGGUGCUUCCCAAUGGCCUAAGUUGGAGACCUCAGAUGCUGCUCUUGUGUUACUCCUCAAAGAUACUAUCUGAAGCUAAUUCUCUUUUGAAGCUUCAAGAUCCUUCUCCUGGAAAGCUAUUUGGAUUCCGGUUUCGUUCACCGCCACUUCCUUACUUGUUAUCUUCACUCUUGCAGUCUAGAGCGCACCCAAAGCUAUCAACUGAUCAGGGGGGUGACAAUGGAGAUUCUGAUAUUGAAUUGGAUGACUUGUCAGAUGCCGAUCAAGAUGAAGAAGAAGAUGAAUAUGAUCAGCUCCCACCAUUUAAACCCCUAAGGAAAUCUCAGAUUGCGAAGCUCACCAAGGAGCAAAAGCGGGCCUAUUUUGACGAGUAUGAUUACCGAGUCAAGCUUCUUCAAAAGAAACAAUGGAAGGAAGAGCUUAGAAGAUUGAAGGAGUUGAAGAAGAGAGGGAAGAGUGGUCAGGAUGCUUUUGGUUAUGGUGAUAUGGUUGAAGAUUAUGAUCAAGAUAAUGCCCCUGCAGCUGUACCAGUACCAUUGCCUGAUAUGGUAUUGCCACCCUCUUUUGACUGUGAUAGUCCUACUUACCGAUACCGCUUCCUCGAGCCAACUUCACAGCUUUUGGCUAGGCCUGUUUUGGAUACGCAUGGUUGGGAUCAUGAUUGUGGCUAUGAUGGUGUUAGCCUUGAAGAGAGCCUAGCUGUUGCUGGCAAAUUUCCUGCUGCAGUAUCUGUUCAGGUCACCAAGGAUAAGAAGGAGUUCAGCAUCCAUUUGGAUUCAUCUGUUUCAGCCAAGCAUGGGGAGAAUGGUUCCACACUUGCUGGGUUUGACAUUCAGACUGUUGGGAAACAGCUCGGUUACAUUCUCCGUGGUGAGACCAAAUUCAAGAAUUUGAAGAAGAACAAGACUGCUGCAGGAAUGUCUAUUACUUUCCUCGGGGAAACUGUAGCAACUGGUGUGAAGAUCGAGGAUCAGCUUUCUAUUGGGAAGAGGUUGAGUCUGGUUGCAAGCACUGGUGCUAUCCGUUCACAAGGUGAUAUGGCAUAUGGAGCCAAUUUGGAGGCACGCCUCAAGGACAAGGACUAUCCAAUUGGCCAAGCGCUUUCAACCUUGGGAUUGUCGCUCAUGAGAUGGCAUAGUGACUUGGCUUUGGGGGCAAAUUUGCAGUCUCAGUUCUCAGUUGGGAGGAAUUCAAAGAUUGCGGUUCGUGUUGGCCUGAAUAACAAGCUGAGUGGGCAGAUCACAGUCAGGACAAGCACCUCAGAACAACUUCAGAUUGCACUACUUGGUAUCCUUCCGAUUGCUGUCUCUAUUCUUAGGAGUUUGCGGCCUGGUGAGUCAUAUGCGUAUUAGUUAGAUCAAGAGAGUAAAACCAUUUCAGUUAUUUUUUUGAGCAUAACUCCAGAGAUGGUUUUUCCACUAUAUUUGGAAUAAUUAUUUAUUUCUAUAUUUAAGUUUGGAUUUUGCUGUUACUUCUUUGAUUUGUAGUUUUUAAGGAUGAACAAAGUCGUUUCAGAUUCUUGAAUUGGGAACAGAGCAAUGAACGUUGAUGUCUUAUGAGUUUUGGAUCAUAUGUCUGCACAAUUAUUUUGUAUUUUCUCAUUGAAGAUGGAGCCUUUCAUUUUAGUAUACUUGUAUGGAACUUAAAUAUGUUCAUGUUAACAUGCUUUAUCUUCUUA